AUGAGCCACAAUCUCAUUGAUCAACGACUGUGCACUGCGGGCUAUAUCGACGCCUGGUCGAUACUUGGCGCAAAGAUCAGACUAGAUGUAGUGCGACUCCAAGACAUCGCCACUUCCAUCGCCUCAACCAAGAGCAAAGGCCUGUUUGACAAGUUCAUCAACACGAUCAACCUGUACCACACUUCCAGCGAUAUGGCCACCCUGACCAACAUUGAGUGGAUGAAGGUUGUUCAGAAGGACUUCUCAGUUGAUGAGCGAAUCACCCUGGAGUCAUUCAAGUCACCGUCGGUCUUUGUCAGUCCUGGUCAAUGCUCGCGUUCAGAGGACGCUAAUCUAUGUUUCACGAUCAAAUGUGUCGCCGACCUCCCCGAGAAGUUCUCAGACCAACUCAAGGAAGUGUUGAUGCCCCGACCCUCGCUCCAGACCGUGAUCAAUCACUUGCGCAACAUAUCCAUGUACAUGGAGACACGCCCGCUCAGGCAACAGGGUGCGCUGCUGACCAAGAUUGUUGCUGCCAUCUACAAGGAAUUGAGCCAGAUCAGUGGCCUUCACCAGCCAGGCAGACUUCACACCAUACCUGUUCGCCAUCGACCAAUCAUUGAUCAAUUGUAUCGUCCGUUGUUUGAGCUGUUUGACGUGCCAGACGAGUACAACACCGAGCGAUUCCUACUUGUGAUCAAACUGAUUGAAGAGGAGAACCGUGACAAGCCAUUGCCCAAGGACAAGCUCAAGGUCGUGCUGAACCUCCUCAAUGACAUUGGCCAGACGAAGCAACCAGACAUCGACACAUUCAUACCUGAUGACAAUGGUGUGCUCUGUCAUGUGUCACGCGUAUUGGUGUGCAAGCUUGGAGACAGGUUGUCCAAUGACCUCUAUUCCAACAACUAUCGCAAGAUCAACGAUUCCAUCACACCCAAGGUUGCCUGCCUACAACCUUGGCAUCGUGUCUGA